AUGGGAAAUAAGCAACAAGCUCGAUUUGGAGGACAAGGAUAUUUUGGAGGACCUUUCAAUUUUGGAGGACAUCACGGAGGCCCACCACCCGGCAUGUAUCCUGGAAAUGCUCCUGGAUAUCCUGGAUAUCCUGGUGGACAGAACUACCAACAAGGUUAUGCUCCAGGUUACCAAGGACAGGCCCUCCCUGGGCAGGGGUACCCUAGACAGGGUUAUCCUGGGCAGGGGUUUCCGGGACAAGGGUAUCCACCAGGUCAAGGGUUCCCAGGACAGGGCUAUGGGCCUCAAGGCUAUCCUCCUCAGAGUUAUGCAGGACAGAGACCUCCAGAGCAAUUAGGGUGUUGCGGUGGAUCAAAUUGUUGCACUUGGUGUAUGGCCUGCCUAACGUGUCUGAUGUGCUCGUGCUGUCAGGCUUUCAUGGGAUCUGCUGUAGCUAAUUCCAUAGCAAGUGGAGAAGAAGAAGUAGAGACUAGUGAGGCUCCGCAUAGAGACGAAGAU